UGUCACACUCUCAUAGGCACAUGGAGCACCAAGCCUCAAACUAGGAUCUCUGACACAGCCACUAUAUCAAACGUGGUCUUUUUUUUUGUCAGUUUGAAAAAAAUCUCGAAAACAUGAACAUGCUGGUGUCAUUUUCUCUGCUAUUGCUCUCUGAACUGGCUGCAAUGGUGCUACCUUUUCCACAGAAGGAUAUACGGACAGGAACUAUGAUGUCUGACUCGGCCCAGGAAGAUAUGGAUCCAUAUUUUCUCGACAGUGAUUUGGACGGAAGGGAUUUGAAUACCAAGAACCGCAGUUCCACAGUGGGCCGAGCUGCUGAGGACCAGGAGGAAGCAGAAGAGGAAAAUGAGCUUUCUACCUUCAACUACUCCACAGACAUUCCCAAUCACACAACUAUGCCCAAACUAGAACAAAUCUUUCCCAAUUCUUCGAUGGGGACUACUGAGUUGGACCACGAUAAUGCUUCUGAUUUAGGCAGUACGCUUAUUCACAAUCCACUGUUUCCGGUGACCGAGAACUCUUACAGUGCCUAUGGAGUUCUCUUCCUUUCACUUGUGGUGUUUGCAGUGGGUAUUGUGGGGAAUCUGGCAGUAAUGUGCAUCGUGUGGCACAACUACUUCAUGCGAAGUGCCUGGAACUGUAUCCUGGCCAGCCUAGCUUUCUGGGAUUUUCUAGUACUGUGCUUCUGUUUACCAGUAGUUGUUUUUCAUGAGUUGACCAACAAAAGACUUCUUGGAGAUUUCUCUUGCAAGGCUGUACCAUACAUGGAGGUAACAUCUCUGGGUGUGUCUUCUUUUGGCCUCUGUGCCCUUGGCAUCGAUCGCUUCCAUGCUGCAACCAGUUCUCAGCCCAAGGCACGGAGAGUGGAGCGAUGUCAGUCAGUGUUUGUUAAGCUUAUAGUGGUAUGGUUGGGCUCAAUGAUCCUGGCAGCUCCGGAACUUCUGUUAUGGCAGCUACAACCAGUUAUGUCUGCUAACCUGGGCAUAGUGGUUGAUUCGUGUGUUAUGAGUCCUUAUACUGACCUUCCCGAGUCCAUUUAUGCUAUUGUGAUUAACUACCAUGAAGCUCGUACAUGGUGGUACUUUGGCUGCUAUUUUUGCUUGCCCGUGGUUUUCACAUUACUAUGCCAAUUAGCCACUUGCCAUGUGUCAGACGGAAGCACAGCCAAGAGUUCAGAGGACCACUUACCUUCCAAGAAACAGAAGUUGCAACAUGUACAACAGGUAGAGCGGCAACUGAACUGCACGGUCUUGGCACUGAUUGUAGUCUAUGGCUUGUGCACCCUUCCUGAGAAUGUGUGUAACCUAACACAAGCAUACGCUCCACUGCAAGUGUCUGAGAGUGUGGCGGCACUACUGGCACUGAUCAACCAAUUUUUCCUUUUCUUCAAGUCGUCUGUCACACCAGUGCUACUACUGUGUCUUUGCAAGUCUCUGGGACAGGCUUUCAUGGACUGCUGCUGCUGCUGUUGUGAGGAGUGUCAACCAGUUGCUGCCAGAUCCUCCUCUGUCUCCACUGGCACAGCAGGCUCAGAUAAGAUGAAGAGCUCUGUGGAUAUGUCUUCCUCCAUUUUUUUUGAUAAAGCAAAGGACAGUUCAUCCAUCCUUACUAUUGGAACAUCAAGCUGAGAAAGACUCUUGUUCCUGUGUCCUAUACAUGAUGGAUUUCUUAGUGACAGGACUCUAGUUUGGCAGUGGAAACGUAGUUACAGUUGAUAGCCUCCAGGUCCAAUGUUGUGGUUGUGUUCUUGUGUUACCCUAACAAAGUGCAAGUCUGGAAAGAACAUUUAGAGUAUAACUACUGACCAUAACUGACAUACUUCACAAGAUGCAAGACAUGCUGAAAUGCUAUAUGGAAGUCAAUCUGGAAUUUGUAUAAAAAAGUAGGUUGUUUUGGAAACCAAUUGUGUACUUAAAGAAACAGCUUUAUGAUACAAAUAGGGUUCACUUAAAAAAUAUAUAGAAUAUAAAAGUAAUAAAGUAGCCCAAAGACUGAAGUGACAACUACAAAAGUAAAAUGGAUAUGACAUAAUGGUAUAGUUAAAAAGUAUAUAACUUGUAGCAUGUAACGUAGCCUGUCACAUGUCUUGGCUGUCCAUGAACAUUGCAAAAUUCUAAAGUCAAUUAUUUAAACCAAUGCAUCUUAUUUUCAUAUGGCUACAACAUGGGGCUUGCUUGCUGAUUAAUAAUUUUCUAUACAAGGAUCAAUCAUUCCUAAAACAUGAUACAAAAUUGGACAAAAAUAAACUUUCUGUAAUGGCAAUUUAAUUUGCAUAUAUUUAGCACACAUUUUGUGGCCCUCUCGAGCUGAGAGUGUUAAGGUGAUGAUACACAGGGGCAAUAUUGCUGGCCAAUGACGAAGACGGCGGCGUCACAACACUGCAAGGAAAAACAGAGGCUUCUCAUACCUUUUUACUCUGCUAUGUUGAAAUCCGAACUGGGCAUUUUACCUCAAUGUAUGCUUAAAAAAACAUCAACUUGCGUCUAUUUUUGUGUGCUCAUGUUGAGGAAGACAAUGUUUUUUUUCCAGUAAGCUAUUGUUCCAUUGGAAUUUAGCUAAAUAGCCGUGGUUUUGCUAUAGCAAAAAUAUCACAAGCUAUGGAUCGUUGCCAGUUGUCUGUUGCCUUGUGUCUCACCUGGUCGCCAGUUGCCGUCAAGUUGCCCUGUGUAUCAUCAGCUUUGGACAUUACCUUCGCAAAACAAAUUGACUUUGGUUGAUGCUAGCUGCUAACAGAACCUACUUCAUAGCAAUAAAGGUAACUCAAAUUGUAAAUUAAUCGAGAGAAAAUUCAUACCAUGGGUGUGACACAGAAUCAGAUUUAUUUGAAUAAUUAACUUUGUGCAAACAUGGAAUUUUGUUUCGGCCGAUGGUGUCUGUCAAUAUAACAAUUUACAAAACAACAUGUAGAUAAUCCCAGAUAGAAGAGGCUGGCAGACAGCUAUCGGCCCUCUGGGGGCAGAUCUGGCUGGUGUUUUGCUCAUCGGUCCUCUGGCGGGUUGCAGACAAAUGUCCCAAUAUUUUGCCACUAUUGGUCUUUUUUAUUUAUUCAGUUGUACUUCAUCCAUCAUGACAACAUGUCAUGUCUUUUCUUAACAUUCAUGACAAGUUCAAUUUAAAGAGAAGGUGGUUCAACGGCGGACCACAAGUGGCAUGCCACCAGCUGUCUGCCAAUCUGAUUUUUACUAUCUGGGACAUACAAAAUACAGCAUAGACAAUCAAUACACAGACAAUGUACAGAUUCUUUAGGACACAUUUACAAGUAAUAUGCAGACUGUAUACAAGACACAUCAUGUACAUGAAGUGCAAAGUGAGCGCAAGCAACAAUAUGUGCAUGGCAUAUGAGAAUCGAAUGUGAUGUAGAGUAUUUUCAGGGUGAGGCAGGAUGUACAGUAGGCCUAUAGGUCUCCAAACAGGAAGUAUAGAAAUUAUUAAUUUCAGCUAUCCAUUAGGCUUAUAGCAGUAACUCAGAGAUGCAAACUCCUCACCUUUCAGGUUGUUUGCAAAAUAUAUCACCUACAUGAUUUGGGCAAAUCCGAGGAAGAAAUAAUUGGGGGUUAGUCAAAGGCAACUGGUGAAGGCAACGCGUAUUAGCCAAUCAGCAGUAGAGUAGAAUGUCAGCAGGAAAAGCCUCAGUGCUCUGAUUGAGGAGAAGACGGCAGGAGACGUAGAAGAGACAUAAUGCUAUAUAACUUUGACAAACGACUUUACACCGGGCCCGGGUGGGACACUGUGCCGACAGGCCCUAUACCCUCAUUAUUUACCGUGGCACUAUCCCUUAACCUACUACUAUAAGCACAUUCUAAACUCAUUAUUUUCACUAUUUUCACACACACACAUUUUAAAAGAUAAUUUAAAGGUCAUGUUUAACAUAUAGCCUUAUAGCUUGACAUUAUUUUUAGUCCUGAAUCUAGAGCAUCAAGAGUUCAAAGCAUUCAAGCCAAGUUAGUGGGGGUCUGGGGGUGCGUAAAUAUUGUUAAAUACACGAUUUCCCGGUGGGCCGGAGGUGUUUUUUGGUGCCAGGCCUGGGCUGAUUACUCUGAGCUAAAAAGAGCAUAAUUUAAUAUUUUCUUUGCUGUGCCCUCCGUCAACCUGCACUGAUGUGAUUGCAGAUCUUUUUGUUUUCAGGAUGUUCUUUUAAUCCACAAGUCUUUCUUAGGUGAUUAGCAAUCUACCAGAAGCCCACACACACACACACCUGUGCACACGCUCUCCUGUGCGCAUGAAAACGUGUUGUAGAUUUAUUUCAGUCCUUUACCUGCUUUCCAUAUAUAGGCUAUAUGUCAACUGCUUUUCUUUAGUGGCCUAAUCACUUCAAUAUGUUAUUGACGUUCCAUUCAUGGGUCUCAUCAGGUCCCUUUCCACAGGUGCAUUAAUGAAGUGUCAUGCAGUCUGCAUUCAUAAUCUAGGUGCUUGAUUUUAUACACCUGUGGUAAGGGACCUGAUGAAAACCACAAAUAAGUGUUUAGUGGUGUCAAGAAACAAUAGGCUUCGUCAGUCUACUUCUAACAUUAUAUUCAGGGGCUCCACUUAAAACAUGCCCGCUUGGCAUGGGCCACUUGUUCUCCUGAGCUCAAUUGUGAUUGCACCCUCUGCACUCCCUAUAGUUACGCUAGUGCAACUAUAGUGCUUAUGCAAUGCUAGUGCAAGGGGAUACAUUUGGAGGUAAAUCAGGAUGCAGAUUUACUUGUAAUAACUAGAACUGAGCACGUAAUACACACAUCUUUAAUAAAAUUCUCCUAGAUGAGCAUGCCCACGAACACCUCUUGUGGCUGGUUUCCAUGAUUUGUGCAGUUUCCACACAAUGUUCUCAACUUUUUUUACCCCUUGUGUGUUUGCAUGAAAAACAUGAUGUUCCUGUUCCUGUGUCUGGUGGUUCUGGAGUUCUAUGGCACAUACCAGAGUUUUUUUGGGGAUGUAAGGGAUUUUAUUUUUUAUUUCUCUCUGAUUUUCUCAGCCGGCUUCCUAUGCAAGUCAUGAAGGAAAUUUAGAUGCUGCCAUUUGCCCUCCAAACUCUUUGGAGCUGCUAGCCAUUGAACAUUCACCUACAUAUUUGUAUACUUACAUUUUAUUAAAUAAUUUCAUAUGAUUGAC